CUUGGAUAGAAGGAAAUGUAUAUUGUUUAAAGAAAAACAUGUAUCCAGCUAACGUCUCAAGUAUUGUCGCAUCUGGGUUAAAUGAAGGUCAACAACAGCAUGGACCCUGGACAGGGGUAGUUCGAGCCUCCACCUUGAUUAAUAAGGCAGACAUGAGAUCGUUCGGAACCAUGCAAUAUUUGGGGGCCGAAUAUGCUUUCUUACAAGGAAGUGAAAAGAGGCUUAAAUUCGAAGCCUAUGGAGUAAAACAGGCACUGUGUUUCACAGUAAACCGAACAUCGUUCAUACCUACGGAAAGAGAAGAGAUUACAACCAAAUCCAAUGCCAAAGAAGAUGCGAAGACAUCAUCCAUUUUUAUAUGGCUUGCAGCAGCGCUUGGCAUAUCUAUGCCUGUACUGUUAGUCAUCAUGGUGUGUUUGUGUGUAAAGAGGAAAAAAGGACACAGCCAUCGAACUACCUUUCAACAGAUCGUACUUGCACAGUCAUCGAAUGUUAUGCAGGAAGGUCAUGGCGACAACAUCGCUAAUUAUGAUGUCAUUCCCGACGAUAUAACAGAGCGUGAGGCAACACCAUACACCUCACUUCAGAUGACAGAAAAGCAUCUGUACACUGCCUUGGCAGGACCUAGUUUCAUGUCAACAGAAAGGUCUUAUGUUAUUGGUCGAAUAGCUGAUAGUGCCGUUCCAGUUGACGCACAGUUUCAAAUGAACGAACGACAAGAGACAAAUAACGAAGAACCUGAAAGUGACGGUCCAGGGGACUUAAAUUACGAUGAUGUCGAAGUGUCGGAAAAAAGGCGGAAUCUAGGGAGGAGAAAUACCGAAUCCGAGGCAAACACGUCGUAUUGUUUUGUUAAAUAAGGUCAGAUGGAACUACGCUUAGAAAGAUCAAACAUACCAGGAUGGAAUCCAGCGCAGCUCAUUCCCCAUGACGGAGACUCAUGCUCUUAAGAUUCGACCCCCUUCAACCCCAAAAACAAAUUGAAUAGGAAAUUAAUCACGUAACGGAAAUACGACACACACACACACGCAUUGGCAAAAUGCUAACGCAGGUUAGUAUAGUCGAGGGAUUAAGGCUACACACUACGUGCUCCUACGUAAAAUGUAAACUUUGAAACAAAUUUGGACAUGAAUAUAGUGUACUUAGAACUUAAUUUCGCAAAAAACAUCAACAAAUUAUAAAAAAAUGUUAAAACGAAUUGUGCGUAAUUACUAUGUUUAUAUGUGAAUAAUUUAACUAAUAAAGAAACACAAGAACUAUGUAAUAAUACAUUAAGAUAUAACAACGUGUAGAGCUAUUCAAAUCUUACAAAUUGUAAUUUUCUCAGUGGUGUUGUUGUGUUCUUUUUUCUUUUAUGUGUUCUUCUUUUUUUUCCCUCAUUAAAUUUUCCUAAAUAGAUAAUUUGUACAUAUACAAACCUUUAGGAUGUGUUUUGUGUAAAUAUUUCAAAUAUCUCUAUGUUUUUAUUAUAUCAUACAGAUUUGCUUGUAUUGUAUUGCCAUUGCCAUGUGUCUCCUUAAACAUGAUAAUAAAGUAAAUAAUAAAUAAAAAUUCGUAAACAGGCAUUAUACGUAAAUGUCAUUAUUCCCUUAGCCAUGUAAACCCUUAUUAUUGUUUUACCCAAAAUAUUUACUUCAUCAAUAUAUGUGAUAAAUAACAUGUGUAAACCAUUAUUUUCGGUCAUAUAAUGUAUGUGUAAAUAUUCAAAUAUAUCUAUGUUUUUAUUUCCUCAUACUUAUUUUUGUAUUGUAUUGUAAUUUCCACGUUUUUCCUUAAACAUGAUAAUAAAGUAAAUAAAGAUACAAAUUCUGAAACAGGCGUUAUAGUUAAAUGUUAUGUGAUUUUUUCACUUUACCAUGAUAUCUAAAAUAUUUACUUCACCAAUAUAUGUAAUAAUAUGUAACAUGUAUUAUUUUUUUUAGCCGGUCAACUAAUGUGUGUGUUAUGUAUAUAUUAAAAGCAUGAGUAAAUAUUGCCUUUUUUUCUCACAUGAGAUUUAUCUAUCUAUCUGUCAUGUUGCCCAUAACAAAAAAAACGUUCAGACUUACUUCAUACUAUGAUUAAGAUCAUUUGAAGAUUACAGCGUAAAAUGCAGUAAAACUACAACAAAGUUAAAAACUUAAAAACUUAAAACUAUUUUACCAAGUUUGUUUUUUUCUAAAAUUGCUUGGUCGGCUUUGAUCAAAAAGCUUUUUGACAGCAAACGAAUAGGUUAGGAUUUUGAAACUAUUAACAUAGAAUUAAUUAAUAUAAUUUAGAAAUUAGUGAACGCUAUUGUAUUACUUCUUCUUUAAUUAAAGUUCCAUUAGAUUAGAAGGCAAUCUUAAUUGUAUUUUCUAGUUUGGUACAUUUUAAUCCAAGAUUUCGUUUAUUUUGUAAGUGUUAAUUUGUUGAGUACAUACUUUUUUUCACUUGCAAUUGCUAAAUAAGAUUGAUUAAUAUAAAUUUUAAUGUAUUAAUAUUAAACCUUAAAGACCUUAAAAGACGAUUUGAAUACUUUUCGUAUUAGUUGUUCACAGAUUCCAUCAAUGAAAGAUUGUUAUUUAUAAUAACGAGCGAAAAGACAUUGCAAUAGCACAUUAUAUAGACAAUAAGUGGAUUGCUUUUAUAAUUGUUGUAUUAUUUGUUUAAUUUGUAUUAUUCCUACAUCUUUUUAACAUUAUACAGGUUUUGUUUUUGUAUCCACUGAUUAGUUAACAAGAACCAUUUUAUUUAUAGUCUCAUUUAUAAUGUCACGCGUUUUGUGUAGUUUAAAUAUCAUUCUAUAGAAAAUUGUUAUAUGAACACAGUUCUAUUUUAGUUCCUGUAAUACUUAAUUUAUCUAAUUUCUGACUAACUGCACUGGCUGAAAGCCAGUAGUUUCAUCAACAAAUGUUAAUAUUUGUGUAAUACAGGUAUAAUAUAAGAAGUUUGACAAACAUGUGCUUUUAUUUCAUUUCGAAUACUGGUUGUUUGAUCUGUAUUGCGUUUUGAAAGUUUUGGACGCUUUACUAACUUAUUUUUGAAGUUGUUGUGCUGCCAAAACGAAAGUUUUUGAAUAACAAUUACUCAUAUUAAGAGCAAGUUACUCCCUAAUUCCCUUGAAUGCAACCCCGUAGUCGCAGAAACCCUUACAAGUAUCACAGUAACGCCCUAAAGUAUUUUUUCGAACACAAUGAGAAAAAGAUUAAAAUUAAAAAAUUAAAAUAAACACUGACCUUUUAUUAAGUAAUCUACCACAUACGCAUGUUAACGUCCAACAUACUUAAAGAAUUACCCAGUUUUGUGUUGUUUUAUAAUUUAAUGAACGUAGUUCUACGAAUAUGACUAUUUAAUUCGAGGGAUAACACUACACAUAACUUUAUUUAUUUAGAUACUUUAGUUUUUAAGUGUUAACUCUUGUUGUUCAUUUCAAAAUACUUUUUAGCGCUUUAUGUUUUAUAAUUAAUGUAAAACUAUUAUUUGUCAUAGUUCAUUUUUUUCGAUCUUUGAUAUAUAUAUGAAAAUAACAAAAUACUUGUUAGUACACAAAACUAUGAAUAACACAUUUAGUUGUAAAAAAAGGGACGUAGUAAACAGGACACGUGUUAUGUUUAUCCAUUUCCCAUUGUUCAUUUGGAAGAACAAGUCUUAUAUCUUAGUUAUAUAUCAACAAGUACUGUUUAGCAAGAUAUGUAAAUAACAGACUGUAUUAAAUGAGUUUACAGGCAUUCGUAUAACCUGUCUUUAAUUGUGUUUUUGACCUGUGAUAAAUGUUGAUAGUUGGUGUUUAGAUCUUUGAAAGCUGUAAAUAUAUAUAUGCUUAUCUCACUUUAUUUGUUAAUUAGUUUGCGCUUACAAAAAGAGUUUCCAAACUAUUUUGUUCAAAAAGCACCUUUUAAAUGGUCCUUUAUUAAUGAAUAUUCUGUUAAUUCUUCUGACAAAUAUGUGAGUACCAUGUUCUUGUUUCUGUCCCUAUACCGGAGUUUUAAUAUAGAUUACCAUUGUAGACUAUUACGCAAUAUGUAUAAUCUCACACGAUCAAAUCAAUUACUUUGUUUGGUUUCAUUCCCUACUACCGACAACUCUAUUGUGUGUGAUUCCUUAAGAACAACAACUAUUUCUGGCUUGAUUCCAAAAAAACAACAACUCUACUUGGUUUGAUUGUUGAAGAACAAUAACUCUAUUUGAUUUGAUUUAUAAAUAACAACAUGCUUGAUUUCUUAUACUUUGGUCUUCAGUAUACUGAUGCGUAAUUUCGUGUCUUUAUGUAAGGUAUAUUCAACAAAGAAUUGUAUUUUUUUAAAUGUCAUGUUUUAACACUAAAACGGUGUGUGCAUACAUGAACGUACACUUAAAUGCAUAUACUUGCUUUUUUAUGAAGUUUUUACUUGAACCUCCGAAUACGUAUAGAGAACAGAGAACAUUUUACCUUCUCUGAUUAUAUGUAUUUGCGUUCAGACAUGGAAGACUGAAAUCGAAUUGAACGAUUCUAAUAAACUUUUUUUUCUGCUA